UUCACGAUCUUGAGAAUGUUUUACCGCGAAUGUGGAGGUAAGAGGGAGACAGUUGUUGUGGUAGCGGUGUGGGCGUGCGUGGCGUGGGCGGGGGUGGGAGGGGGCAAUGGCAGGCGGCGGGCGGGCGGCGCGGGGCGGGAGGCGCCUCAGUAUACGGGUGCCAGGGACAGCGACGGCAUGCUGCUGCCUCUGUCCCGCGUCGCGCUCCUGCUGGCGGCGCUGCUGGCGUCGUGCCGGGCCGCGAACGUCACCACCCCGGAGCCCACCACCUCCUCCGAGGCUACGACCGUGGCCACGACCACCACGCAGGAGAAGCAGGAAGAUGUGAGUGUUACGACCACCGAGACGCCCUCCACCACCCCCAAGAUCACGGCCGAUAACGUGCUGGAGGAGGUGAGCCACCUGCUGGAGAAGCUGCGGGAGGUGGCGGCGUCCAUGCGGGAAGCGCGGGAGGAGCAUGAGCGUCUGGCGGAGGCGGUGGCGCAGGUGACGGCGGCGGUGAAGGACAUGGGGGAGCAUAACUUGCACAUCAAGAAGAAAGUCCGCAAGAUGUCCAAGGGCCUGAAGAAGAACUCCCACAACAAGAAGAUCAAGGACGGCAUCAAGUCGCUACAGCGGGACCACCAGCGCAUCCUGCACGCCAUGUCCCUCAGCGGCAUCAACAUCACACGCCUGCACAACCACACCCGCAAGCACAACCUUACCCACCCGCGCCCAAACCACAAGAACCAGCACGGACGGAACCGCAAGAACCACAAUAACAACGCCGCGACCACUACUACGACCCCUCUGCCGGAAAACGCCACGAAGAGCCCCGACCAGAAGGCGCUGGAGGAGGAGGUGGAGGGCGAGGUGAUAAAGGAGGCGCUGACGGAGAAGAGGAAGGAUGGGGAGGAUGAGGUUGGAGGCUCGACUGACAACCUGAUCCCAGAGCUGGUGGUGGACCCUCCGUCAGCCACCGACCCACCACUGCCCGCUGAUUGUACCGAGGUGAUGCAACGAGGAAACUGGACCAGCGGCGUGUAUCUUGUGCAACCGCAGGGACUCCAGCCCAUCAAGGUAGGUCACAUAUACACCCACACCCACACAUACCCACCCACACACCCACCUAACCCUCCCACCCACACGCACAUUUCUCGAGUGCCUCCCUAAGCAUGUUCCCGCGGA